AUGCGCAUCUACACAUAUAAGGCCAUGAAGUACUGUUCGCGCUUUUCAAGCCGCCUAUUUGAGCCCAGUAUCCCCCCUACACCCGAUUCCGACGGCUUAGCCAUCGAACUAAACAACCUUCCUCCCCUCCUAUCCCCUAGUUCAACGGGAGAUGCUCUUGAUGGUCCCGUCCCGGAUUCGGGCUCGCCGACCCUCCUCUCUAUCCCUCCUCCCCCACCGUUGCCAGGGGAUGUCCGCCGCCAGUAA